GCGGCCGGCGGCAGCCCAGGCAUCGGCACGGCGGAGGAAAGCUGAGGACUCCAGCGAGAGCCGCGAGGAGGAGCUGAUGGUAAUUGGAGAGCUGGAGCACGGUCAGAACGACGGGCAGGACUUGGACGGCUGGUUUGCCAGAGGCCAGUGGUCUGACCGAGCCACCGCGCACCCCAAACUCAACCUGACCAAGCAGGCUUUGCCCUGGAACGAGCAGUACAAAGGGAAGGCAAACUUGCACGUCUUCGAAGACUGGUGUGGCGGGGCUGUGAGGCACCUGAGGAAGAACCUCCAUUUUCCGCUCUUUCCUCACACCCGCACCACAGUGAAGAAGCUGGCCGUGUCGCCCAAGUGGAAGAACUACGGGCUGAGGAUUUUCGGCUAUAUCCACCCCUUCAAGGAUGGAGAUUUCCAGUUUUCCGUGGCAUCUGAUGACAAUUCGGAGUUCUGGCUCAGCUCUGACGAGAGUCCGUCCAACUCCCGGCUGGUUGCGUUCGUGGGCAAGCUGGGUACCGAGUGGACGGCGCCGGGAGAGUUCACCAAAUUCAGCUCGCAAGUUUCCAAGCCUCUACGCCUCAUGUCCUCCAGACGCUACUACUUCGAGCUGCUCCACAAACAAGAUGACCGAGGUUCAGACCACGUGGAAGUUGGCUGGCGAGUUUUCCUCCCCAGCUUGAAGUUCGAAGUGAUGGACUCCUCCUACAUCUCUCUGUACACGGAUGAAUCGUCCCUGAAGAUGAACCACGUGGAGCACAUCCCGCAGACCUUGGCCAGCCACAGCGGGAGCUACCUCUGGGAGGCACAGCAAGACGAGCAUGGGGCUGACAUGCUGAAGCCUGACCCCAGGGACACCUUCUUCCUCACCCCUCCGAUCGAGGCCUCCCGAGUCGAGGACGUGCUGGUGCCCUGUGCCUACAGCCCCACCUACGUGGUGAAGGACUUCCCCAUCGCCCGCUACCAGGGCCUGCAAUUUGUCUACCUCUCGUUUGUGUACCCCAACGACUUCACGCGCCUCACUCACAUGGAGACGGAGAACAAGUGCUUCUACAGGGAGUCCCCCCUCUACCUGGAGAAGUUUGGUUUUUAUAAGUACAUGAAGAUGGAUGAAGAGGAGGAGGAUCCACGCCAGCGAGCGUUUCUCUUCCUCAACCCAGACAAUUUCCUCGAGGAUGAGGAGGAGGAGGAGGAGGAGGAAGGAGGCCCACCUCUGAGAGAUUACGGAGACGACCUGGACUAUUACAGCUUUCGCCGCAAGCAGGGUCAGGUCCGGGACGAGGCGAGCACGCCUGGGCAGCCGGGAAGAUGGAGCACGUCCCGCCAGGCCAGUGCCAGCCCGACGGCCGUCCCCGAGGACCUCCAAGGCGAUGAGGACGUGGGCCUCGUGCCGGAGCAGGUCCAUGGGCGGGUGCUCAGUUGGUUACCCCAGGAUCCUGGUGAGGGUGAGGAAGAUGAACUGGGGCUGCCAGCAUCUUCGAAGCGUGCCGGAGCUCUGAGCCUCCAAACCCGCCUCUCUGUUUCCAUCUUUGGUGGCAAAGCCAAAACGCCGGGUCCCAGCAAGCCUGCAGCACCCAGGGAGGACAAAAAGCCCCGGAAAGCCCAGGAGAAGAUCUAUGUGACCAGGCUGCAGCCGGGAAAGCGCAAAGCCCCGGCCCAGGAGCCGGUCUUUCCUGGCAUCUUCCUUUACCCAAAACCUCUGAAGAAAGUCCAUCUUCGCUCCAGGACCCCUCAGAAGCAUCCCAUCGCCUCCAGCAAGCUCCGUGCCGUCCCUGGCCACCGGACCCCCUGGCUCCUGAGCAACAUCUCCAAGGAGAGGGACCCUGCCAGGCGGAAGAGCCUGCGGGCAGGUGGCGGGAGGUGGGAACGUCCAUCCAAGCUGGGGACCGAGCGGCAGGCGCUGCCCAGCCUCCUCGCCCUGGGGACCGAAGGACUCUUCAGUAGGGAGACCCAUGAGGACACGACCCCUGCCCCAGGCAGGACAGCGGCCACCACCGAUUACAACUCCUCCGAGGCGACCCACUCGGAGGGGACACGGGAGGAGGAAGAAGAGGUGUCGGACUACAGCUACGAGACCGGGGAGCUGCAGCAGAGCUGGCUGGAGGACUCCAUCAACUGGCAGAGGACGUUCAGUGUCAGCUCGGUGGACUUCGAGCUCCUGCGCUCCGACUGGAACGACCUGCGCUGCAACGUGUCGGGCAACCUGCAGCUGAGUGAGAGUGAGGUCGUCGACGUGGUGGCGCAGUACAUGGAGAAGCUCAACGAGAAGAACGGAGGCAUCUACACCCUCCUGAGGAUCGUCAAUGUGGAGAAGCGUCGGGACACGGCCCGGGGGAACCGCUACCUGCUGGAGCUGGAGCUGGCGGAGCGGGGCCAGCGGACGGUGCGGCUCUCCGAGUACGUCUACGUCCUCUUGCACCAGGGCAAGCAGGACGACAGCGCUGAGGCCAACCCCGAAGGGCCAGCCCUGGGGGCCACUGAGCCCCAGCCGAGCACCUGGAGCAUCCUCUAUGGAAGACCCGUCCUGUGCCGGCCCCUGCGGCUCAGCUGGAAGCAGGAUGUCAUGGUGCACUUCGUGGUACCUGUGAAGAACCAAGCCCGCUGGGUCCAGCAGUUCAUCUCGGACAUGGCCCGCCUGUACGGGGCUACGAAGGACGCCAACUUCAAUGUCAUCCUGGUGGACUUUGACAGCGACGACAUGGAUGUGGAGAAAGCCCUGCGGGAUGCCCGACUGCCCCGCUACCAGUACCUGCGGCGCACGGGGAACUUCGAGCGCUCGGCUGGGCUGCAGGCUGGCGUGGACACGGUCGAGGACGGGCACAGCAUCGUGUUCCUCUGCGACCUGCACAUCCAUUUCCCCCCCAAUAUCCUGGACAGCAUCCGGAAAGGUGGUGGCCUGGGGAUUCGGGCGUCCCCCCGCACCCCUCGCCUCAAUGCUGGCAUCUACAAGUCGGACUUCGACCGCGUGGGAGGGAUGAACACGGAGGAGUUCAGAGACCGCUGGGGUGGGGAGGACUGGGAGCUCCUGGACAG